AUGCGCCCCGGACGAUCCAAUCCGAGGCGUUCCAUUGACGAGGACCUGAUGAUCAGCGAAUGGCAGGACCGAUGCAACAUAGAUUGGGCGGAGCACGACACCUCUGCACAAUUGACGAUGCGUGCAGCUCUGCCUGACGGAAUGCAAUCCGCUUCCGGGCUCGACACUUCCAUGUUGAAGGAUAUCCCCAUGGUCGGAUCCCCCGACGCUCCCCUUGCCACCAUCCGCGUGAACUUCCAAGGCUCCGAAGCCGCAUCGCGAGAACCUCGCCGCUUCGAGCUUUCGGGAGAUAUGCCGUUGGGCGGCUUGUGUUUGAAGGGCAAUUUCCACACGGCGCACAAGGCAACCAGUAGCGCCGUUGCGCUAAUACAACGGCCGCGGCAUCGACUCGACGACCACUCGCCUUGA